UCGUUGCCUUUAGUGUCAUGCCAAACUUUUUUUGAGAGAUAUAGAAUUAGUUACCCUCUAAUAAAACGCCGGUCUUCCUGACCCUGUUUUUGAACGUAAGCCCUUAUCAUAUAUUAUGCCAUGGAUUACUAGUACACUGUAGAUGAAGUACUGUGACUAAAUUGGUCAUAGUACAGCAGUAUCACUGACAUUGAAGUGAAAAUAAUAAAAAGGUGUAAUCCAAGGCAAGAGGGCGCGUGCACUAGGUACCUAUAUCCGCGUGUUAAACAGCAGUUACUCUGCACAUAGCUUUACGUAUUCCUCAUUUUGUUGUUUUUUAUUAGUCUUCUGACUUUUUUUGUUAUCAUAUUUUUAAUGAUUAAUCUUGUUGCUGUUGCCGUCGUUGUGUUUGUGAUAAUCCAAGUGUAAAUAACUUAGUGCAGUUUUCAGUGACUGAUGGGAGAGGUUGAUUGUGGCAAUAGAGCUUAGGUUAGUGAGUGAAUACUCUACUUGAGAGCUUAAUAAUUUUUAAUCUUGUGGUAGAAAUUAACUAUUUAAUGAGUAAUAAAAAUAUUUGGCCCAGUCGAAUGUUACGUGGCUAGUGAGUUAAGCUUAAAAAAUCUUCAAUAUUAUUAUACACCGAAGUCAAUCCUUGUGAGCUGCUGAAAAAUAGGAGGCAAACGCACGACCAUAAAAUGAAUCUGGCACUAAGAGUAAGGGCUAGAGUACUAUGCCUCUUACCUGGUUGAGUUAGUCAUCAACAUACUUUCACAACUGUAUUACAGCUCUGUAAUUUUCUUGAGUUAUUUUUGCCUACUAGAAUUUCUUGAAGCAACCAUACUUCUAGCUCUUGGCUCAAUUACAGUAAUACGUAUUUGCAGCACAGACAAAAAAAACUCAAAUUCUCAGUUGGGGAAAGCUUUUAUGAAGACAGACUCCUUGCUGACGGGUAAGCAGAAGCAAGUAGUUAGUCAGGAUGCAAGUUGCCACAUUGUUUAGAGAAAGCGCCAACUUGCUUGGUGGUUCUAGCACAGAUACGUUACAGACCCAUCAAAUACAGCAACAUCACCAGCAACAGUUGCAGCAUCAAUCUAUGGAUUAUGGACAGCACAUGCAACAUCUGUAUAAAACAUCCAAUUCAUCACCUGAACCAAGUAGUGUUCAAAAUGAUGGAACUGUCAACAAUUCAGGCCUGCUGGUAAAACAAGAGGCGUGUGAUGAUGGCUAUGAAACAAGCCCAGAUCUAGAAAUACGCAGCUAUGGUGGUAACAUUAGCAGUCUGCAGUAUCAUACACCGCUGACACCACACACGCCUCAUAUGCCCCACACUCCUAAGACGCCGCUGACACCCAUCUCUGCUGCACUGCACCAGCCUCAGCAACCCAGCUCGUCAGCUACAACUCUUGGGCAGUUAGAAGCUUAUCUUAAUCAGCCAUAA